AGAAUCUAGAAUAGGAGCUCUUGCCAUGGGUGACCAGUCCUCCGUCAACAGCACCUUGCUAAGUCAGCUGAACGACGUUGUUCAGCGCUUGGGCCCAGUACCAGAGGUGGCUGAAAGACUAGCUUUGGAGGUCGCAGGCGAGCGCUUUGUGCUUGCAGCUUCUCCAAGUGCCUCAAGCUGCCGGGUGGUUCGUCAGCCAGAAGGACAAGAGAGCGACUGCACUGUGGUCAUCCGUUCUGCCUCAGAUUGUUGGGCUCUGGCACAUGGCCACAUCUCCCCACAACAAGCCUAUGCGCAAGGACGACUCUCUGUGCGAGGAAAUCUUUCUGCCUUGAUGCAGCUUCGGCCCUUCGUUGCCGAGAUGCGCGCCAAAGUCCCGGUGUCCGAGCUGCCAGGCGUGGCCUGGCUGCCUGACACUGCCUCAGAUUCGUGCAUGGCCUGUGAUGCGGUCUUCACUCUGAUGAGGCGCCGCCACCACUGCCGCAGCUGUGGCCGACUUUUCUGCGAUCGCUGCAGCCCUUAUCGUUCAGGCAUUGAGGCCCGGCAGUGCGACCAGUGCCGGGCUGAAGCCGUUCGUCCACCACGAGAGGACCACUCCUCUGCCAUGCGGCUACUGGAGCAGCGACUUGAGGAGGUGGAGGCUGCAGCAGCACAGCGAGAGGCCGAGGAGCUGCUGGGCGUGGCGUGGCUUUUUCUAUGUCUCUCAGCUGCUGCUGUUGUACUGCUGUUGGCAGCGUGCGGCUGGCAGCGAAGCCUUCUGGCCAUUGCAGCAUUUGCUGUGGUGAUCAGGUUAUUUAUGUUCCGACAGCUGCGUGCCUUGUGGCUGUGUGUCCUGGUCCUGUGGAAAUACAUGCAGAGCACGUGGGAGGCGAAACGACUUUGCGAGGAGGAUGCAAAGCGUUUCUUGAGUGCGAGGUACAGGGUGCUGGCAUUCCUUGGCGCUCGGGGCUUGAGACAACUUGGAGGAGUUUGGCCAAAGGUUGGGCAGUACAUGAGCACCCAAGGUGAUAAGUGGCCGGAUGAGGUCCUCGCGGAGCUCCGGAAGCUGCGCGACGCCAUGCCGGCCGCGCCCUUCCACACCACGCGGAAGACCAUCCAGGA